AUGGCACUGAGCCCAGCUAAGGAGAACGCCCUUCUGGGAUGGAUCAACAGUCUGAAACUGGACAGACCUGCUGAUAAGAUCGUUCAUUUAGCAGAUGGGCGCCUGUUGCUAAAGAUCGUGUGUAAAUUACAACAUAAAGAGGCCAGCCAGUCAGAACUGGACCUUCCUCAGGAUGAAAGACUGAAGCUUGUCUCUGAUUUUAUGAAAACAGUGAAGUGGCAAUACGUUUGUGUGCAGAUGAGUGCCGGUGCUGGGCGAAACCUGGAGCUGGAACUGUCUAAGGUUGUUUUACUGCUGUGCUUUCAUGGAGUCAUGAACAACCUUACACCAAUAACCAAGUUGGAAUUUGAGACUGAGUGUGAGAUCGCUUCUCUGUUCCGAUUUGUGUUGAAGAAUGAAGACAGUCUUUAUCUGAGUGACGAACUGGAUCGCUUCCUCACCAGGAACACUGUGUUUGACAUGAGCAGCUCUUCGUCCAUCAGUGACGACGAGUCCCCGGUCUUUAGUCGCCGUCCAGCUCGCCCUGCGGUCAGGUUUCUGGAACUUACCUCGGUUGGCUCCAGCUCUGCGAGUUCGCCCAUCCAGGAGGUCCUGAACACCCCGCAGGUGCAGCUGAGGAGGCUACGCAGAGAGCUGGCCCAGCAGGGGGACGUGAGGGAUGAACUGGAGAGAGAGAUCGCCUCCCACAUUCACACCAUCGAAGAGAGAGAAAGCCAAAUUGCCCAGUUACAGCACAGACUGCAGCGAAUGCUCCGGGACCAUGAGCAGCUGGAGAGAGACCACAAGGCCCUGUUGCUGGAGCUACAGCAGAAGAAUGAUGGGCUUCUCAGGCGGGUCCAUGAGGUUUUAAAACAGUGCCAGGACCUGAAAACAGACAACAGUCAAAUGGAGAGAAAAAUCUCCCAGCUCACUGAGGAGAACGGGACUCUCUCUGCUCAGAUGAGAAGCAUUUUCUCUCGACUGACUGUUGCGGAAGAGGAGGUCACGAAGCUGAUGGUGGAACGCGACUCUUCUCGAGCAGAGUGGGAAAGCAAGAAGAAUGUUCUGGAGAGUGAGCUUGGCCAAGUCAUCUCUCAAAAGGAAUAUUUAACUGAACAGAUACAGAUUCUUGAAGAAAAGAUCUCAGUGUUGGAAGAGGAACUAGGAAAAGCUUGCACGCCAUCACAAGAGGAAGGAGAGGUUCUGGGACCCAUCUUGGAGGAGGAGAGGCUGAAGCAGGAGGUGGCAGACUUGACUCUUAAGCUUUCCCAGGUUCAGGACACCGUCUCUGAACUGGAAAGGGAAAAGUGUGUGCUUGCAGAAGAGAGAGGUCUGUUUGAAAAAGAGACACAGCGACUGGAAAGAGUGGUAUCUGACCUUCAGCAGUUAGUGGACAGCCUAAGGGUGGAGAGGGAGAACCUAGCACAGACCAGUAAGGAGCAAAUAGACACCCUGACAGCCCAGAUAACAAGUCUAGAGGCUGAUGUAGCCCAUGUUAAACAGCUGGAACGCCAGCUUGCAGCGGAAGUCACGGUGUCUGCUGCUUUGCGAAGAGAGCAUGAGGAUCUAGAGAGGAAAGUCGAGUCCCUUGAGGAGGUGAUUAAUUCUCUGAAUGUCAGAUGUCAAAUCUUGCAGACUGAAAAGGAGGGUCAGCAGAGUGAGCUGGAUACCAUACAGAAAGACCUUCAGGAUGCUAAGGCUUCGCUCAUAGAGUAUGAACAGAAGGCGCUGGGCCACCAGAAAAUGGUGGAAGAAAAUGUCUCGCUCCAAAGCAGGAUCUCUGCUUUGGACGAUACGGUGACCCUCCUGCAGAAUGAAUUGGACAUCGCAAGGAAAAAAGACGAGGAGUUGCUUGCUGCGAAGGUUCAGAGGGAGGCGCAGAUGAAUAGUCAGUUGGAGAAACAGGAACAAAAGGCGCAGGAGAUGUUUGCUGAGCUGGAGACCCUGGGACAGGAGUUUCACAAGAUGAAGCAACGGAAACUUCAGGCAGAGUCUCGCAUAGAGCAGCUGACUGAAGAAGCAAAGGAACUGGUCAGACUGGUAAAGGAGAGAGAUGACACCAAGGCACAACUAGAGUUGGUAGAAAAAGCUAAAGAUGCUGCAGAGUCACAUCUUCAGGGACUAAUCCAAGAUCAUCACACGCAGAUCUCUCAGCUCCAAAGUCAAAUUGAAGGUGCUGUUGAGUCGCUUCAGAAAAGGGAAUCUGAACUUGGUUUCCUCAAAGCUGAGAUCUCUGCGAAGGAAGAGGAGACCAGAAUGCAAUGUGAGGAAGCAUUUCGGCUUAAGGGCGAAGUAGAGGAGCUCCACACACAACUGAUGGAAGAGGAGGCCAAUUCCCAGAAAGUCAUGCAGGAACUGGAUUCCAGAGGCACCGAAGUCCGCAAACUGAAAAAUGAACUCCAAGUAAAGGAAGAUGAAAUACGCUCUCUGAAAAUCAGCAUCCAGUCUGCAGAAGAGAAGGCCACUGAGAUGCACAGUGCGCUUCAGAGAGAGCUGGGGGACCAAAGGAAAUGCAUUGUUGUGUUUCAGCAGCAGCUUGCUGACGCUGAGAAACUGAUUGAUGAGAAAGUUAAAGCCUUUGAGGAUGUUGCCAGGGAAGUCCAGGAUUUAAGGAAAGAGCUUUCCUUGGAGAGAGAAAAGAACGAGACUCUGGAACACACCCUGAAGGUUUCUAGGGCUACGAUCGAAGAGCGUGAUGUGCAGAUAGAAGCUCUGAAUAAAGAAGCAGAUCAGCUGAAUCAGGAGAAUGGCAAGCGCACACAAGACAUGGAGCAGUUACAAAAACUUGUCGACUCACUAAAGGAGGAGAAGGUGCAGAGUGACACACAGGUGGUCCAGGCUUUUGCCACAAUUAAAAGCCUUCAAGCCGAAGUUUUUGUUCUUACAUCUGCAGCUUCGAAAAAAGAUCUUGAUCUGAAAAAUCUGGAAGAGGAAUGUCUGUCCCUUGACCAGGAGCUUAAGCGGAUGAAGGAGUGUGAGCACGAAAGGGUCAGGAUUGCUGAAACCAGUCACAAAGUUCAAGAGGAGACAAUUGAGAGCCUUCGGCAGAAAGUUGACUCCAUCACGUCAGAUAGACGGCAGGAAACGCUGGCCUUGAUGACUCAGAUCACGUCUCUUAAAGAGGAACUUGAGCGCCAGCAAGAGGCUGAACACUUGAGAUGUGAAGAGGCUGCUGCCUUAGAGACUAAACACAAAGCCAUGGAGAACAGCUAUGCUGCACUGCAGGUUCAACUUAAAGAAGCCAACAAUCUUGUCUCUGAGAGGCACUCUGAGCUGCUAGCUCUUCACAAAGAGUCAGAAGAAAAUGCCAGAUUAAGAGGGCAAGAAGUAGCUGAACUACAGGCCAAAUUUCAGGAAGCCUCUACUCUUGCCUCUGAGAGAGAGUGCAGUUUACAUGCCCUGCGUACAGAGCUAAAAGAAAAGGUCUCGGAGGAGCAUGACAAGGCAGCCAUAAUCAUUAAAGAAAAGAGGGAAGAAAUCGAUGGUCUUAAAGCUGAGACUGAUCGUCUAAGAAGCAAGAUCAAUAUUUUAGAGGAGGUUAAAGCUACGGAACUAGCAGAGAAGCAAGAGAAACUGGUUCAAAUGGUAAAAGAGAGAGCAGAGACCAGGGCAGAACUGGAGCUGGCGGAGAAAGCCAAAACUGACAUGGAGUCAGAGCUUCAGGAGAUUAUUGAAGGUCAUCAAAGGCAGAUAUCUCAGCUCCAAGGUCAAAUCGAUGGUGCCGCUGAGUCCCUUCAGCAGAGGGAAUCUGAGGUCGUUGUCCUGAGAGCUGAGCUCUCUGCAAAGGAACAUGAGCUCAAAGUGCAGCGUCAGGCAGCAUCGCAGCUCCAGAGUGAAGUAGAGGAACUCCGCAAACACCUGGCAGAGGAGGAGGCCGAAUCCCAGCUGCUUGACCAGGAAAGUAAAUCAGGACGUUUUAAGAUCCAGCAACUUAGGGAAGAAUUGGGCCUGAAGGAGGGUCAAAUCCGCUCCCUGAAGUUAGAGAGAACUCGCCAUCAAGAGCAGGUGAAAGAGUUGGACGUCCUGGAAGCCAAAUUUCAGAAAAUCUCUGCCUACGCCUCUAACAAGGAAUCCCUGAGCAGGGACCUCACCGAACAGUUACAGGCAAAGACUGUGGCACUGGAACACUACAAAUCACAGCUGGAGAAUGCCAAGAAUCACUACAAUGGUAAGAAACAACAGCUCCUUGAAGCCCAAGAGAAGAUACAAGGGUUAGAGGAUUCUCUGGAACACAGGGAAACUGAGCUCAAGACCCUGAGAGAGGAGCUGAAAUCUGUCACCAUGGAGCUGGACCAAGCCAAGGCCACAGAGAGGAAUCUGACGGCCAAGGUUAACAGCCUGCAGGCUCAGGUGGAUUAUGCAGACCGAGCCUUGAGGCGACAGAGGCAGCCGGGUGAACAUGUUGUUGAGAUGCAGCACAAAGAGAGUGUUCAUUGUACAGAGACCCAUCAGAACACGAGCACAGAUAGCCUAGAACUGGACGACUCGCUCAACGAUGCCAGGAAGCCGUCCAACCCCGGUGAGUCCAGCACCCCACUGCCCCGCAGCUCUGAUCGAUUGGCAGCGAAACGCGCGUUGGCCGGGGAGUCUCUCGAGACUCUGUUCUUUACUCCCAUGAGCACACGGGACACAGGGGCUAGGGUUCUCCAUAAGGGUGGCGUGGAACGAAAGCUGGAGAGCAGCAUCACCUCCUUCAGUGGUCUGGCCCUCGACUCCGCUAAAAAACUCCCCUCCUCUGGGCAGCGACGUCGCACUACGCAGGUUAUCAACAUCACCAUGACUCAGAAGACACCAGGUCGUGCUGAGGGUGGAGAGGAGUUUUACCGCCUGCAUUCUGCUCAGUCUCAGCCUGCACUGGCCUCCCAGCGUGAUCGACCUGUUUCACUGGACUUCUCUGACGACACCAGUACCGACCCGCUCCUGGGUUUACCGGGGUAUCGCCGCAGUACCGUGCACAGUACUACCUCACAGAGGUCAAGCACAAUGUAUUUGGGGACUGAAAAUGAGCCUGAGGGUUCUGCUGAUGACUGGUUGCGCAUUGCCGAGCUCCAGGCCCGUAACAAAUCCUGCCUGCCCCAUCUGAAGAGCAGCUACCCUUUGGAGGGCAGGCCCAGCCUUGGCGUUCCGUCCUUCUCCGUCACCGAUGAGGAGGUGCGUACCGGUGAUCCAGAUGAGACGCUGCGCAGAGCCUCGAUGGUUCCUGGUCAGAUUUCAGACUCUGUGGCGUCGCAUCGACUCUCUCUGGCCGUCGGUUCAACGUCCUCCCUGCCACACAGGACCUCUAUGGUCCCGGGUCAGAUUAUGACCAGGAUGGCCUCCAGCCGGGCCGCUCACCUCCCCAAAUCUGGGAACCUUAACGGGGGACAGAAUGUUGCCCGCGGCAACACGGCAUCACUCAAACGACGCGGAACGGAAAUCCAGGGUCCAGACACACCAGAGGCUAAGAAGCUUGCUAGCUGUUUCCCACGACCCAUGACCCCUAAAGACAAGAACAUUGUGCGCUUUGGAUCUGCCAACUCACAGAACAAACCUCCCUUUUCUCCGGGUAAUCGCAGAGAGUCGAUGAUGUUCACAAUUGAAAACACACCUAGGAAAAACGGGAAGAGCAUUCUACAGCGAGGGAUGGAUAAAAUCCGCAGCAGCAGCCGGAAAUCUCCCGGAGCCAUCAGCCGCGGGGCCCGUUCUGCUUCUGGAAAAUCGCCUCGUGCAGGGAAGUCUCCUGCCGUGGAGAAAAUUCCAAAGAAGUCCCCACGGACCAGCAACAAAACACCAAAGAUUCCCAACAGCGCUAAGAAGGUGAACAUGCCAAAACAAAAAGGGGUUUUGGGGGAGGGUUCUUCCUGUUUCUGA